AUGGCAUCAUCAUUAUCAUCUACUUCUCAUCUCUCAGUUAUCCCACAACGUAUCUCUUCUUCCUCUAAAACCUCCCAACACCACUCACUUAAUGUGAAGCCAAUUGGGAUUCGUGUGAGAUCAAGUUUGGAAAAUGAAAGUUCCUCGUCGUCUGGAGGUGUUAAUGACUCAUCGGAGUCUAUCAAGGUAAAGGAAUCUCAAUCAUUGAUAUCGAGGCGUUGGUGUCUUUCUUGCUUGUGUUCAACCUUAGUUCUGAUUGGUAAUUCUGCAACUUCCAUUUCAAUCCCAAAAGCAAUUGCUUUAGAUGGAAAAGAAAAACCCGUAUGCCGGAAUUGUUUGGGCAGCGGUGCUGUACUUUGUGAUAUGUGUGGUGGUACAGGAAAAUGGAAAGCUCUCAAUCGAAAACGAGCUAAAGAUGUUUACGAGUUUACAGAAUGUCCAAAUUGCUAUGGUCGAGGGAAGCUUGUUUGUCCUGUUUGUUUAGGUACCGGUUUACCAAAUAACAAAGGUCUUCUUAGGAGGCCUGAUGCACGGCAGUUGCUUGAUAAGAUGUACAAUGGUCGGAUACUGCCUGGUUCUUAA